GCACGGCCCCGCACGGCCCCGCACGGCCCCGCCGAGCACCGCCGAGACACGCCCCGGCACCCCCAACCCGGCGGAGGAGAGGUGUGAGGGCUCGCCAUGCCGCUGGUGAAGAGGAACAUCGAGCCCCGGCACCUGUGCCGGGGGGCCCUUCCCGAUGGGGUGACGAGUGAGCUGGAGUGUGUCACCAACAGCACCCUGGCUGCCAUCAUCAAACAGCUGGGCAGCCUCAGCAGGCACGCAGAGGACAUCUUUGGAGAGCUGUUCAACGAAGCCAACAGCUUCUACAUGAGGAUGAACUCACUGCAGGAGAGGGUGGACCUGCUGGUCAUCAAGGUGACACAGCUGGACUCCACCGUGGAGGAAGUUUCGCUGCAGGACAUCAACAUGAGGAAAGCCUUCAAGAGCUCCACGGUGCAGAACCAGCAGGUCGUGUCCCGCAACUCCAUCCCCAACCCGGUGAUGGAGAUGUACCAGCGCUGCGACAAGCCUCCGCCGCUCAACAUCCUCACACCCUACAGGGAUGACAAGAAGGAUGGCCUCAAAUUCUACACUGACCCCUCCUACUUCUUCAACUUAUGGAAGGAGAAGAUGCUGCAGGCGACAGAAGACAAGAGGAAGGAGAAGCGCAGGCAGAAGGAGCAGCGGCUGGUGGAGGAUUCCACCCGGGAGGUGAAGAAAGUGAGGAAAGCCCGCAACCGGCGCCUGGAGUGGAACAUGAUGGCGUAUGAUAAAGAGUUCCGGCCGGAUAACAGGUUCUCACCAUCCCCCUAUCACAUGGCGUCAUCGGAAGGAUCACUGUCCCCAGAUAAUAGAUCCUACGCCUCGGACGCUGCCGACCACUCGUACCCGGCCAGCCCCAACCACCCUGCACAGCUGCUGGCCCCUGCAGCCCACCUGGCCCCAGCAGAGCACAAGGAGGGGGUGCUGGCGGCCACCAACCCCCCGGAGCACGUGUUCCGACCGGCCACGGGCAGUCGGCAGAACAGCCUGACCCGGCUGCAGCAGCCCCACGCGCCGCCGCCCCCCGAGGCCGUCCUCAACGGGCCCAGACCCCACCUAGUCAAGGAUUACGGCCCGCAGCCGGUGCCCAUGGCCGAGUACUUCGUCCCGCCGGCCCCGCCGCCGCCGCCGCCCGUCAUCCCAUCGGCGCAGACCGCCUUCGACAGCCCCAUCUCGGCUCCCCCCGCGCUGGCCCCUGGCUCGGCCGCUCCCCCAUCCUACGCCCCCUCACCGCCCCCCGCUCCCCCCGGGCCCUACUCCGCCUCCCCACCGCAGACCGGCCCCAUGGGACCCCCGGUGGCCCCUCCGCCGCCUCCGCCCGGGCCCCCGGCCGUGUCCGCCUCCCCGGCGCACUCCGCCUCGCCGCCCGCACCCGCCCUGGAGCCGCGCAAGCCGCAGAUCCCGCUGAUGCCCAUGAGCGACGCCCGCAGCGACCUGCUGGCCGCCAUCCGCAGGGGAAUCCAACUCCGGAAGGUCCAGGAGCAGUGGGAACAAGAGGCCAAAAAAGAGCCCGUGGGCAAUGACGUGGCGACGAUCCUGUCGCGCCGGAUCGCGGUGGAGUACAGCGAAUCCGACGACGACUCCGAGCUGGACGAGAACGAGUGGUCGGACUGAGGGGCCCCGGGCUGGGCUGGCUCGGAGCUCCCAGCUCCGUUCCAGGUGUGUACAGGCACCUUCCCCAACGUGGCUGCGGCGGGCGCGGGCGGCCCCGCUCGCUCAGGAGCUUUGCUUUUACACUAUGUCCAAAACCCUUCGGGCAGCAGCAGCAGCAGCACUGGUAGGAUACACCUCGGAGGCAGUGAGACCAGAAAUUAGCAGCACCUUCAUAGUUAACGACUUCCAAAAUUCUCUGAAGGCAGGUUAAUAGGAUUACUCCAGAUUUACACCUGGAGCAAGACCGGAGACUGGGCCUGAGUGCGCUUUGCGAGAGAAGGGAGCCCCAGAGGCAGCAGAGCUUUUUCAGCUAAAUAUUAAUGGUGAUAAUGAGAAGCUCCUGGAGAAGAAGCCUUGUUUGCACAGCUGGUGCCACCACGGGAGCCCAGGGGUGGCCCUGUGGGCUUGGGGACACUGCUGCUGGUGCUUUUGGGGUCAGGCAGCUCCAAAGGCUGCGUGUGGGCAGGAGCCUCCUUCCCUCCAGAGCAAUGCACCACGUUUAGUAGCAGUUACACCGUUGUGUUGUUGCUCCUUGGAAAAUCAUGGAAUGCUUUGGGUUGGAAGGCAAUUUUAAUCUAGUCCAACUAGAGCUGGGCCACCUUCCACCAGACCAGGCUGCAUGAGCAGCCCGAGGUGUUGGCUGGCCUGUAUCCACCCUCAGAGCUGGUUUUCUGGGAGCAAAGAGGGGAGGCACGGCUGGUGUGGCUGGCAGGGACAGCCUUGGCUUCUCCUGCCUUUUCCAGAAAGGAGUAGAGGUGUCCAGGGAGCUUUCCCAAGCCCCAGCUCUCCUUGGCCUUAGUGUGACACCAUUUCAGUGUUAUUUGAGAAAAAGUGACCCGACAAUCUGCUGCUUUCAGGUAAACUCUCAACUUGCACUUUGAAGUGCACAAACUGUGCCUGUACAAUUGGGAUCAGCUCAGACCCAGGCACUGAUUCCCCCUGCCUGAUCCUGCUCCAUCCCCAGUCCCACAUUUGGACACUGAUGGAGGAGCUGGGUAACCAGGCCCGUGUUUCAGCACUGAAAAUACCUGUUUUCCCAUCAAAACACGUGGGAAAACAGGGUUUUCCCUGCUCCAUCAAAACAGCAUGAUCCAUGGAAAACUUUUCACAGAGCUACGAAGGGAGGAGGCAAAGAAGAAGACAGAGCAAAGGGGUGGAAAACACUGAAAAUAUCACAGGCAGGUAUGAAAACCUGCAGAGGGCUGGGUGAGAUUCCCCACCUGUGGAAAAUGGGCCAGGACCAUUGGUGGUUUGGCCAGUGUGAUGUCCCCAGAUCCUCUCUUGUGUUCCCCUGCACCACGAGCCCCUGAUGGGGAAAGCCUGAGCUCUGUGCUCAGUUCCCUGCCUCUCCCAAUAGCCCUGUAGGUGAUGGCUACUUCAGCAGUAUUUUGACAAUAUAGAAGCAGCCAGACCUGUAAAAGAGGUGGGAGGAUAUGGCUGAGACCCAAAUGCUCACCCUUAAAUUCCCAAAAUCCUAGAAUGGUUUGGGGUAAAAGGGACAUUAAAGACCAUCUCAUUCCAGCCCCCUGCAAAGGCACCUUCCACUACCCCAGAUUGCUGAUUUCCUGGGAAAUGCUGGUGUUGAGCAAUACCCCAAACAUCUGCUCAUUUGCCCCCAGUGACAAACCCCUCAUGGGCAGAUGUGGUGAAUGCUCUGCCCAGCUGCUGGGAAAUGCCCCCACGACCUCUCCCUUCUCUUGAGUGGCACAAAGUGGUCUCUUGUCCCUCAGAUGUGACACCUUCCACACCUCCACAGCCAGGCUGGGAGCUGUGGUGCCUGGUGGGCUUGAGCAGGGGUGCAGAGUGGAUUUGGGAUGUGGGAGAGGGCAAGGCAAGAAGCAGAAGAGCAGUGGAAUACAUGGAAUAACUCAUCACCCAAGGAGCAGGAGAGAGCAGAGGGAGACACCGAGCCCUGCAGGUGGACAGGAAAUUCCUGGUGAUCACUGAGAGCUCUUGGUGCUGAUUUUGACCCUCUGAGAUGCAGGGAAAUGGCUGCAAGGGCUUUUUACAGAGAGCCCCUGCAAUGCCCAGGACCUGCUUUCCUUGGGAAGGCAGCUGGGGUUUGGCCUGGAGCAGGUUCAGAAGGAGGCAGUGUAAAAAUUCAGGGCAACAUUUAAGGUGGAGUUUCUGGAGGAGUGUUAUUAACACAGACACAAUCACAAAACUGUCUGUAAGUGAAGAGAAAAUCGGUUUAUUUAGGUAAUUUAGGAGGAGUAAUAACCCUUUAAGAGAGAGAGGAAAUAGCAGGGGCUGGUGGAGCUGCUCUUACCUCACAGAGGUGCAGGAGCUGCAGAGUCACUGUGGGGACCCAGCAGAGCUGAGCAGUCCCACUGGCCCCAGGAAAGGGCUCAGGGACACACAGGGCUGGCUCAUCCCUUGGCUCUGGGACUGUCCCAGUUCUGCAAAGUCCUGGUGGGAGCUGGAGAGCAGCCCAGUGCCCCUAAGAGAUCAAGUCCCUUCUUUUCAUGCACCAGUUGCUUUGUGUGUGUCACAUGGGACCGUGGUAAGUGGGGCAGGACUCCAUGGGUGUGGGGCAGGUCAGGGCUGUCCCUGGGGCCUCCCGCUGCCCUGUCACCUCACAGCACCUCUGCUGGGACUGGCAGCUGUCAGGCAAAGUGCUUGACAAUCAUAGGAAGGUUGGAAGGGACCCUAAAGGUCAUUCAGGUCACUCAGGCCUUGCCUGCCCUGUGCACAGCCACAUCUGCAGGGCAGAUGCACAGCUGGCAGCCCCAGGGGGCAGGAAAGGCUCACCCCCAUUUCCUCACACCUUCAGGUUCUUACACCAUGUCCCCAUUGGGCACCCCAGCAAUGCCAGCACACCCUCACCAUCCUGUUGUGUGUUGGUAUCACAAACCCAGCUCACACUGUCAAAAUUGCAAAGCCAGCCAGCAGCACCAUGACCUCCCAGCUGGCUGGAAACACAACAAUCCUCCUCUUCCAGGGACCAGAACUGCCCUGAAAACCCUUAAACUGCCUUGGUAGUAGGGGUGGGAUCCCCCAUCCUGAUCCCAGAGAUGUGGAGCUGCUGGAGCAGUAAUCCCAGGGUGGGUUUGGACACCCAGUUCUGCUCUGAGCAUGGCACACCCAGCUCCUCCCCACCCUCCCAGCAGCAGCACAAGGCAGGCAAGCACCAGGAAUCCUUCAGGUGGGAAAACACCUCCAGGAUCCCCAGGCUGGAGCACUGAUGCCACAUGAGAGCCCUGAUCCCCUGAGAGCCACCCCACCCUCAGUGCCCUCCCUUCAGGGACCCAUCCAUGCUUGGCCACCUUUAUUUGAGGCAGAUUCACCUGGAUUUUGCUCAGGUGACCUUUGGAGUCCAACAGAAGUGACAUCAAUUCCUUGGCUGCUCUGGGCUGGUGCAGCUGGGACUGUGCCACACUAAUUAACACUGUCUGUCUGCCCCACAUGCUCACACUCAGUAUUUUGUACAUAUGUGCCUAUUUCUGUACAUUCUCCCCAAAGUAGGCCAUGCUGAGUUACACAACCUGAAAUGCUCAAAUCCUCCUGUGGGCUGAUAUAAAAGUGAAUAUUUAAAUAUUUUAUCUAGCUUGGCAGACAUUAAAAAAUACAAUCCAGGUCACAGAUGAUUGAAUUUCUCCUCUCUCAGGAGUACCAGAACUGGGCUGAGGAGAUUCUCCUGUACAUUAAGGUGUCGUGUUCCCUGCUAAAAUAUAGCAGUGGCAUUUCAUUGCCAAAGGAUAAUCACAGAGUGCCAAACAUUUAAUGAGUCCAACUGACCUCCUGAGAGUUCCUUUUUCCAUUUUAUCUGCUUCCCCCUACUUGCCAAUUUAUGGGCAUAGAUUAAAAAUAAUAAAUAUGGCUGUCAGCAAGGGGGGAAAUAUCCUUUGAACAUACAAAUGGAUUGGGCUGGAGUCAGGGGAGCAGUAACAGAGACAUUUUGGUUCUGUUGGAGAUAUUAAUGGAAGGCUGUCAUCCUUGAGGUCCAUCAGGAACCUCUUGGACAUCCCAGACUCAUCUGAAAAGGGACUUUCCUGAUGGUACAGCAGGUGUGAAGGUUUCUGGAGGUUGAAGUCCUGCAGUGUUCACUCCUGGCAUUGCCCUGAUUCAGAGUGACCACUGGGGCUGGCUGCUGUGCUGGUGGCUCUUAAAGGAUCAGUGUCCUGAAGAAAGAAUGGGUUGGGCAGCUCCUAAUUUCUAAUUUCCCACCUGGGGAAGAGCCCUAGAGAGGAGCAAUCAUCCCAUCCCACAAGAGCUCCUGCUUUUGCAGCUAUUUCAUCUCAGGAAGGUUUUACUCCAGAGGCAAACUUAAGGCUGAACUUGGCUUCUUCAGAGAGCUCUUUCCACAGAAGAGCUCUCAAAUUUCCUCCCAGCAACUUUUCCAUCUCUCUCUCCCUUUCCAGACACCCACAGCCUGAACAGAAGCUUUGCAGACUCCCCUGAGCCUGAAUUAACACCUCAGUUUAAUGACACAUGGAAGUUUUGCUUGGAGGGAGGCAGGCUGUAGCACUGGAGGUGGCAUUUUGGAGGGUGCAUUCCAGGGCUCCACAGCUGGCAGGAGCUCCCUGUGGCCAUGGGAGGCACUCCCCAUGAUGGGAUGCUGGCAAGGGGAGCACAGGCUGUUCCUUUCACCCAGAUUCCUGUUUUUCCCUGUAGUAGUAGUUAUUUAGGGGUAAGGUUUUCUCAGCUGGAAUGUCACUUUACAGUUAAAAAUAAAAUAAAAUAUAAUAAAAGUAAGGGCAAGGAGUCUGUCCUGAGGAGUUUACAGUCUACAGCAAAGACCAUGUAACCUGCACUGCACUUUAGAAGCCUCAAAUGCUCACUCACCCAUAAAUUCCCCCUCGACUGGGCUGCAGCACCUUGAGGACUGCUGUCCCUUCCUUAGGUGACCCCUGAGCAGCACCACAGCCACAUCCCCCCGCUGGUGACAGCACCAGGGCCCUCCUGCCCCUCCACUCCCCCAUGCAGAAGUGCCUGAGCCGAGUCCAGGAGAGCCAAGCCAGGCUGGGUUUGUCCCUGAGCAGGUCCCUGUGCCCUCGGGGUGAGCCUGAGGUGACCAGGAUGGGGUGGAAAUGGUGCCUGGGAGCAGCACUGCAGCCACCUGCUGACCUCAAUUCAUGUGACAGCCUCUGGAAAGCGUCCUCAUUCACACACUGACAACCCAAACCUGGACUUGAGGUAGUUCCAGAUUUUUGAGAAUCAAAGGGUGGAUAUUUUCUACAUAAAUCUGAUUUUCUAGGCUCGCUCUCUCAAGCUCCACCUUCUCUGGGUGAGAAAUGUGCCUGUAUUUUGUUGGUGGAGGGAAUUAAAAAAUAAACCAACCAAAGCCCACAG